UUUACAGUAGCACAAAAAGAAGUGGGCUUUAAUGGAUAGGAAAAACUUUAUAUGUAGCAGAAAAUGGCAUGAGAAAUUAGGAUACCGUUCCUCCUCUGUUCGGCUUAAGGCGGCAAGGAAGUUGGCUCCGGCGACCGGGGACGUGAAAAAGCGGCACAGGUUCAGGCCCGGGACGGUGGCGCUGAGGGAGAUUAGGAAGUACCAGAAGAGCACAGAGCUGCUGAUCCGGAAGCUGCCCUUCCAGCGGCUGGUGAGGGAGAUCGCCCAGGACUUCCAGACCGACCUCCAGUUCCAGAGCAGUGCUGUCGCGGCCCUCCAGGAGGCGGCAGAGGCGUACCUCGUCGGGCUGUUCGAGGACACCGACCUGUGCGCAAUCCACGCCAAGCAGGUCACGAUCACGCGCAAGGAUAUCCAGCUCGCCAGGAGGAUCCAGGGAGAGAGGGCUUAGUUAAACAAAAUGUGGUUUGA